AUGGGGGACGUAGGAGGGCAAAGGUCCCUCAGGCCCUACUGGCGCAACUACUUUGAGAAGACCGACGGCAUUGUAUGGGUGGUCGACAGUGGCGAUCCUGAUCGCAUGGAUGACUGCUCGAACAAGCAGGACCUACCUGGCGCGCUCUCGCCAGAGACGUUGCGUCGCGUACGUGAUGGCACUGACGUCCAGUAUCUGCGACUGGAUGACAUUCAAUCGCACUCUUGGCGUAUCCAGGCAUGUAGUGCACACACGGGUGCCCACAUGGACGAGGGGCUCGACUGGCUCCUAAGCGAUAUGGCAUCGCGUUUCUCGAUGACCAUCCGUGCGGCGCUGAUCAUCAACAAUUAUGGUCGUCCAAGGCUGACAAAAUUUUAUUCGCCGCUUGCUACGGAUCGACAACAGGCGCUGAUCCAGCUCAUUUUCCAGCUCGUCAGCCAGCGCGACGAUAAGGCCGUGUGUAACUUUCUCGAUGCACCUGAGCUAACGCCGCUGCUCCCUCCAGCCAGUGGUGAUGCGUGGUCCAAGGUGCGCGAGCAAGAGCGAAGCCACGCUCUCAGCGAAGAACAGAGUCCAGCCGCGGAUCCUUGGAUCAGCUACGACGAGACGCCGUUGGCAAAAGCGGGUGUUGCCACGCGCCGCUGGCGCCCUGACGACGAGCUGCGUGUUAUUUACCGGCACUAUGCCACGCUCUACUUUGUGCUGGUUGUCGACCAGAGUGAAAGCGAGCUGGGAAUUCUAGAUCUCAUUCAAGUCAUUGUAGAAGCGCUGGACCGCUGCUUUGAGAACGUGUGCGAGUUGGAUCUGAUCUUCCAUUUCGAUGAGGUCCAUGCGAUCGUGGACCAGGUCAUUCAAGGAGGCCUCGUCUUGGAGACGAGUAUUGCCGAGAUCGUGGACGCCAAUGAGGAUGUGGUGCAAGCCCGCAAAGCGUCGUCGUCCAGCUCGUCGGGCGCCCAAGCCGCGCUUCAAGCGGCACAACAGGCAUCAGCGUUCUUGGCACCUUCGUGGGGCCACUUAUCGCUGAACAGCCUCGCCGAGCGGGGCACUGAUGCAUGGAGCGCACUGCAGCAGCUUGGUGGGCACUACUGGCCGGUGCAUAGCAGCAGCUCGGCCCUGGGCCGGCCGCCCAUGCGCUCCGCCUUCCUCUAA